AUGUGCGCCAACAUCGUCUACGAGUGGCUGAAGACCCUGAAGCUCUCUCAGUACGCCGAGUCCUUUGUGGAUAACGGCUACGACGACCUGGAGGUGUGCAAGCAGAUUGGGGAGCCGGACCUGGACGCCAUCGGGGUCUCGCUGCCCCAGCACCGGCGCCGCAUCCACGAAGCCGUCCGAAGGCUGAAGGAGGAGGACGAGACGGCGGCUGGGCUUUACUUCACCUUGGAGCCUCGGCCGCAGGGCUCCCCCGCGCCCGAGAUCUACACCAGCCACCUGGUGGAGGAGUACGAGGCCAAGGCUCGCAAGGGGCCACCUGCUCAGCGUCUUCGCGGGUUCCCCGGGAAAACAGACACUCGCAACAAGGGGCUAGUGACUUACCCCAAACUCCGACUGAAAAUUAUGAUUAGGGAUAAAGUCAUCCGGGACGGGAUCAACCUCAGCAAGCCGCCGUACUCCAACAAGGCUCUGAAACCACAAACAUUUAAAUCGGCUUGGGGAAAUUGUUCUGUACUCUUGCUCUUUCCUCUGAAUACUUUCUGCUGUGGAGUCGGCGUAUUUCUUCCACACACGGCCAAAUAA